GCGGUCAAGCGAACAACGAGGAAAAAAUGUGUUGCAAUCCCAAGGCGAUUGCAAACUGUUUCCAUAUCAGCAACUCCGAAUACGUACCAACUACAUACGAAAACGUAUCUGCAAUAGUGGUCCAACCCUCCACGUGGCUGCGCUGCCGUCGACCUAGUAAUGGGGGUGUUUCGCGGGUGAAACGGGGACGAUUUGGUCAGUAGCAUGCCGCCUCUCGUAGCGUGAAUGCUAGGCGAGCUUUCGUUGUGCUUCUAUCGUGGCGGAAGAACGCGACAUCCGUUACUCACUUUAUUUCUCCACCCAAUUGUACUGGUAAUUGGAAAUCCAAGAGUGGUUUUCUGUCGCUAAUAUAUUCCAGAAAGAGAGAAACACGACACACGUCGUCGAUAAUUAGUAGUCGAACUGCUCCAGGUGCAUUAACGUUGCCUAACAGCCGAGAAACCGUGAUGCCGAUGACAAUACUGGGCUUGAAACAACGGCAGUGAAAGAUGGUUGAUAAGGAAGAACUGAGUAUAACGAAGGCGAAGGCACCACCACCGUUGAACCUCAAUGAAGCGAUCGAGGACGAAGUACUGAACCAAAAGACUGCUAGAAUCCUUAAGAAUGAUCUUCUUCUACACGAGGCUGUGAUAAAGAACGAAGCGGACACCGUUCGUAAAGUACUUAAGGAAACUGUCGACGUAGAUUCCCGAAAUAAUUAUGGCCGCGCUCCGAUUCAUUGGGCAGCAUCUAGAGGAAACACAGAGAUUAUCGAGAUAUUGAUACAAGCCAAAUGCGAUAUCGAAGCGAGAGAUAAGUAUGGAAUGCGGCCCUUACAUAUGGCCGCCCGGCACGGACAUCGAGACGCGGUGAAGAUGCUGAUCAAUGCUGGAGCAAAUGUAUCCGCGGUUAACAAGAAACAAUACACCCUCUUAAUGUGCGGUGCUCGCGGCACCAACGUAGGCGUAGUGGAGUAUCUCGCGGAAGCCGUGGAAUCGUUAAACGGUGAGGCCACCGAUUGUACCGGUGCGACUGCACUACACCAUGCAGCCAUCGCUGGGCAUCCCGCAGUGAUAACGGCGCUCGCCAACAUCCCACGGAUCAUCCUCGAUGCCACAGAUAAGAAAGGACAAACACCGAUGCACUGUGCCUGCACCGAGGAGCAUUUGGAAGCGGUUGAAGUUCUUAUAGGAUUAGGUGUGAACGUAGACGCCCAGGAUAACGAUGGCAAUACCCCGCUUCACGUAGCCACCAGAACGAGACACACAGGGAUAGCGCAAUUGUUAUUAAAAGCUGGAGCGAAUACCGAGCUAACAGACGCGGAAGGCUUCACUCCUCUUCACGUCGCCGCGAGUCAAGGAUGCAAAGGAAUACUCGACUCCAUGAUUCAGCACGGAGCCGAUCUUAACAAGCAGUGCAAGAACGGUAACACGCCCUUGCAUCUGGCCUGCCAGAACAACGAAGUAGAAACGGUAGAGAUAUUAAUUAACAAAGGCGUUGAUCUCAAUUGUUUAAAUUUGAGACUUCAAUCGCCCAUACAUAUCGCGGCCGAAAUGGGACAUACGGAUAUUUGCGAGUUGCUGCUUGCAGCAGGUGCGAAUAUCGAGCAGAAAGAACAGAGCGGCCGAACGCCACUUUACAUUGCGGCGAGGGGUAGUUUCACGGCCAUCGUCGACAUGAUCAUUAAAACCGCGAGAUUGGAUUAUCCGACCCCGGAGAUUUCGAAUUCCGAUAAGGAGAUCCGAGAGCUGACUCCGGCACGGAGACGAUGGAGGGAAGGAUCCCGCGGUGGCAGCAUCUCCAGCAACAACGGCCGUCUCACGGAUCAAGUUCGAUCGACUCUCUGGAAGUUGGCCUAUAAGCAAUUAGCGCCUGGAGACUGGAAAAAAUUAGCUUUUCACUGGGCCUUCACCCCCGAACAAAUCAAGGCUAUCGAGCAUCAAUAUACGGGUCCUUCAAGCUACAAGGAACACGGAUUUCGAAUGUUAAUGAUCUGGGCAGCUGGACUGAAUCCCGAUGUACCGCUGGCAAAAGAGCUCUGCGACGCUUUGUCAGCAGUGGACAAGAAAACAAUCGCUGAUUCCGUUCGCAGGCAGCUGGAGCAAGUAAACGACGGCAAGGCGAAGUCGAAAGGACAACGAUGUCAUAAAUGUUCCAUCGCAUAAAUGUCUACGAGUGCCAAGCUCGGGAUCUCGCAUACAAAUUCUACAUAUGAAGAUAUAACGAAUGGAUGUUGUAAUUUAUGGCGCAAAAACUAUUGCAGUUAGAACACUCCUGUCGUUGUCGUAGAGGAGAGUUCUGAAAAGAUUGUCAAAUGUAAGGAUUUAUGACAAAGAAGGAAAGUACAUACAUAUGAUGUCGUAAUGAUACCUUUUGUACUAAUGAUACACAAUGUUUCGUAAAUUCUCGAGACACAAACAACGAUUAUGAUUUAUAAUACAGAUAUAUAGAUGCUACUAUCGUUUCAAAACAAUUAGAAUUUCUUUAUAAGGUAACAAAAUUAGAUAUGUGAUUUUUCGACAAAGUUUAUACCGACAUGCCAAAGUUUUCAGCCAAAAAACUGGAAAAUCGAAUAUAACAAUCUCAAUGAAAUCAUCAUUAUGAAUAAAGUCAAUUCCACGAGAAAAAAUUAGUAGAAAAUCCGAGAAAAAUAAAAACAAAUUCAUAAAUUACUUUUAAAUCCAUCAAUUUUCAGACAAAACCUCAUAGAAUGACCUCAUUGUAUUAAUGCGUUAUAGAAAAAGCGGGAA